AUUUGGUUUGUUAUGGUGGUUGAAAUAUGGUGGUUGUGAAGUGGAAAGGGGCAGGCCAGGGAUGGGGUAAAGAGGGGUGAGAUAUGGUUGUUUGUGAUGGGUUUAUACGUCCCACACAUCUCAACAAAUGGGAUGUUUUAUUCUUAGCUUUGGAGUGUAGUUGUAGGGCUUAUUUGGUGGUUAAAAUGGAGGGUGUGUAUGCUGUUUGGGUAGGGAACAAAGGGGGUCCAUGUGUUGGGGUUUAUUAUGGGGAUGAUAUGUGUUGUUUUGGCUCUUGUGUUUCGGCCAGAAUUGAAGGGAAAAGGAUGAAAUAUUUGUGGGUCAUUUUUGGCUCUUGGAAAACCAUUUGAGGGCUUGUAUAAAUGGAGCACAUGUACUUUGUUUUUGUUUGUUGUCUUUGAGAUAAGUACUAAAAUUUUGUUUUGAUCCCCCAUUUUGGUGCGUACGAGUGGAACAAUAUGUCAGCACACGAUCUUUGCGAAGUCUUCUCAUCAUGCAGGCAAUAUUCAUGAUAAUAAUUUAAUCCCUGUGCAGAAUAAUAAUUUCAUGGCAAACCUAAUAUCAAGACUCAAGAGGCAAUUGUUCAAUAGUUUCACCUCUUAUUUGUGUUUUAAUGGAAGUUUUUUUUUCAUCAGUUGUAGGGGCUGUUUUUUUGGUAAAUAUAUAUCUUAUUCUAGACUUGGCAUUCAAUUCAAUCCUUAUUCUAUGUGCAAUUAAUGAAUUCUUUACUCUAGCACAAGUGUAAACAUGUUAGAUUUCAUCCAUCAAAUACUCCAGGGUAUGUGACUAUAUUAUUUCGUGAUGCUGCAAGCUGACUUUGGCAUGAGCAGUUGUUAUCCAUUUAUGUGCACUGCUCUUCUUUAUAACAUGAUGCCUUGGUGCAUAUCUUUUAUAACUUUAUGAUCCUAUACUUUUUCCAGUUUGUUUUAUAUAUUACUCGUACUGUAUUUGCUAUUAUUCUAAUGAUUGAUUUCAAAUGUUUGUCUUAGAACAAAAGAAGAAAACAUUGGUUUGGUUUUUGUUAUUUGAGGAUUUUUUUUAUCAAAGCUAAGAGGGCUGUCUUGUGUGUUUAUUCUAAUUUGUGCCCCUUAUUCGUUUGUCAAUGUGUCUGGGUCAUGACUAAUGUGGGUUAUUUAUUGUAAUUGCCCCUGAAUCUCCGCAAUAGCAGACAAAAAACCAAUGACCUCGCCUGCCUGAUGAAGGACUUGGAAUACGUGAUAGUCUUACUUAAAAAUGGAAGGCAUAAAGAAGAAGCGAGGAAUGAAUUGAAUGUUUUCCUUGGUGAUGACACUGACUGUUUCGUCUCUUGGUUGUGGGAUCAUCUUGGUUCAAAUUUGAAUAUAUACAUACAGCAAAGAGAAGCCAUUCCUGAUGAUGUGAUCAAAGUAAGCCUUGCCAGUGGUGAAAAGGCUGUUAAGAAUGACACUUGUCAAUUGGGAUCUGAAUCUGAUAAAGUGAAAUCAGACAAAUCAAGGCCCCGCCACAGAAGAGAGUGGAAAGGAUUGGUGAGAGAUACAAAUGAGCAGCCACAUUUACGGAGUGUUGUGGUUGAUACCAGUCACAAAGAAGUGGUAAAACACAACAAGGUUGAUUGUAAACAACCAUUUUUCUCACCCAAAUCAGAAGUUCGGAGAAAGAGAAGUCAGCAUGAUUAUCAGCCUACAAAGACGAGAGAAGACAUUUCUAAAGCAACAAUCGCGGCUCCGCGGAGGUUGCUGCAAUUUGCUGUGCGAGAUGCUGUGGCUGCUUUGAGACCAUCCCAUUUCGCCACUGAGCCAUCACUGAAGCGCCUUCGCUCAGUGGUAUCUACGUCUUUGGAGGAUUCAUUGCCUGGGGAUUGCUUAACCGUUAAACAAUCAGGUGCAAGAGUAUCGGAUGCCAUAGUGACGGUUUCCAGAGUUGUUGCUGAAGCAGCCAAUGAUGUGACAAAACGUAAGCAUUCAGCUAAUGUGUUUGAUAGGCUUGGUCAUGAUUCGAACGGAUUGGUCACCUUGGAAAAGCUAGAGGAGAUGAGUGCAGAUGUCACUGAACAAAUGGAAGACAAGACAUUUGUUGAUGUGAUGGAAGUCCCCACUACUUAUCAUCAAACGAAUUAUAGUGGACUUCGUGCUAGAAAAUUGCAUGGUUAUAAUAAGAUGGAUUUCUAUCCUGGAUCCGAUUAUGAAUGUUAUACUAACAUUAAUGUUGUGGCUCAAGUGGAUUUGGGUGGACGAGAAGAAUAUGUUGGAAAAAAAGGCAUAAGGCCACUGGUGCGCAACAAAAAUGUGACCAAAACUGCUGCUGAAAGAAAACCCAAAGCACUGAAGGGUCAAGAUCAUCCUACAUCCAUUCCAAAUGCUUCUUGUAAUAUUAUGACUGGAUCCAUGAAUAUGAAUACUUGGAAAUCGCCUCAAUAUCAGGACUCUGUGAAGGUAUUGAAGAGAGAUGGCUGUGAAUCUGCAAAAAACAGCGGGGCUGUGGCAUCCAUGCCUUGCAUGCCAUUCAUGGAAAAGAGAAAUGAACCUGUGACAGUUGAGAACGAGAGAGUCAAGUCUAACACAGAAAUAAAAAAGGAAUCACAAAAGAUACAGUCUGUUGUUCCUGGUUUGUGUUCUGCUUAUGCACUUCUAGAGGAUACGGAUUCCAGGACAAUCUUUGUCAAUAAUGUAACCACUAACCAACUAAACUGCAACACUCUGUUAGCCUGAUGGGUGAAGGCAUUCAUCUUUCUCCUUCAUGGCUAAAUCCCUCUCACCCCCACUUCUGUUCCCUCUUCCAUCUUGUUUCUAUCAGGUUCAUUUUGCUUCUACAAAGUAAGGUCUUUCACGGCACUUCAAUAAGUUUGGUGAAGUGCUUAAAGUGGUUAUUUUAACUGAUGCUGCGACCGGACAACCCAAAGGGUCAGCUUAUGUAGAGUUCAUGAAAAAGGAAUCAGCAGAUCAUGCUUUAUCGCUUGAUGGAACCUCAUUCAUGUCACGUAUCCUUAAGGUAUGUUAGCAAAUGACUUUAAUUUCCUGUUAGUGAAUGCUCAAUGUGAAUCUUUCUUGGUGAUGCUCUUCAUCAUACGUCCUAGUGUUGGAUAUUUUUAAAAAUUUGUUGCCCUGGGAAUUUAUGUUAGCUUGAACGUAUUUACAUUUGAGUAUAUUCUCUAUUUUUUGAGUGAUGGAUGUGCAUAUGCAGUGAACAUAUGGGAUGAGUAAAUUAACUGUAGUUUGAGGGGAUGGUUAAAUUUCUAUUCCCUUGUCUUUCUUGCUAUGCAAUUCUCCCUCCAUUGAGCAUACAUGGUUAUAUGUUAGUGGUACUUCGGCUUCGUUUUUUUGGGUUGUAAAAACAUAGUAGGAUGUUGGAAGAGUCUAGGAGUGGGAAUAUAUUGGAGAAAAAAAAUAAAGCAUUAAAAAAAAUCACUCAAUUAAAGAAUCACCCAAAUAAAUUCUCCCACUAUCCCUAAGAGAUUGCCACAGUUUGACUUUUUUGGUCAAACUGUGGCACUCUUUGAACGCAAAUUAUGGAAAAUGUAUAUUUAGUUAUAAUGUAAAUCUAGUAAAAGUGGGUUUAUUUUAAAAUAUAGUUUUGAAAUAUCAAAUUUUUACAAUAUUUAAUUAUUUUAAACUAUAUUUAAUUCAUGGUCAAAGUAUGCCACAGUUGGUCAAACUGUGGCAAUCUUUUAGGGACAGAGGGAGCAUGUAAGAAAACUGAUUUUGGAUAAAAAAAUCCAUCUUUGUCCGUGUUUGAGGUGGUAUGUUAUAAAUUUGGAUAUAUGAUGUUAUUGCAUGCCCAUAAUAUAUAAAUGCAUUUUUUAGUCGUUGUUCGUUGUUGGAAAAACUGGAACCCAAAUGAGCAGAGCCUUAAUGUUCACGGCUAGUGCCUAAGGCAGAGUAUAACUGGGAUCUUCAGAGUCUAGGCAGAUGGAUGUUUAGAACAGAGACAGAUCCUAUUAUGGGUUUCUUUAUGCCUGAUAUAUGCAGGUUGUUAAGAAAGGGUCCAUUCCUCCCGAAGCAACAGUCACAACAUGGCCUCGAGUUCUCGGUAGAGGAGGCUUGUUUGCCGCUUCGUGGAAUCCUGUGCCCCGAGGAGGAGGUGUACCAAGUGUGUAUAGGGUCCACCUCCCCCUGAUCAAACCCCGCGCAAGGAGUAUGCAAUGGAAGCGUGCACUGGUGAAUCCACGGGGCAUGACCUACACUCGCGCCGAACACAAAACAAAUCAAAGUUUUUGAAGCGACUCGGGAGGGUCGAACAACUGAGACUAACUUUCUUGAUACCCAUAAUGGGACAUUUUUUGUUUUGCAAUGGCGAAGAAUGGAUUGAUUAGCUCUGAUAUC